AUGACCUCUCCUGUGGACCCCAAGAUUAAACAGGCUUUGCGAAAGAAACCAGCAGAAAGGACUCCGGAGGACUUAAAUGCUAUCUAUUCUUUCCUUCAUGGACUGGACAUACUCUCACAUUUCAGGGAGCAUCAGCUAAGAAUAAUGUCAUCAAGUGCCCGCUAUGAGAGGUACAAGGGCAACCAAGUUCUCUUUUGCUCAGAAACUAUUGCAAGAUGCUGGUAUAUACUACUUUCUGGAUCUGUGCUCAUGAAGGAUUCCAUGUUUUUACCACCUUGCAGUUUUGGCAAGCAGUCUGGAGGAAAACGAGGAUGCGAAUGCAUCAUAUUGGAGCCUUCAGAAAUGAUUGUGGUGGAGAACUCCAAAGACAAUGAGGAAAACAUCUUGCAAAGAGAAAUCCCACUCAGGCAGUCCCGUCGGAGGUUUAGGAAGAUCAACCAGAGGGGCGAGCGUCAGACCAUCACUGACAACGUGGAUUCCAGCAGUUACCUGUCGCUUCCAGCUGAUCUUACCAAGAUGCAUCUUACCGACAAUCCUCAUCCUCAGGUGACUCACGUCCCUUCAAGCCAGUCGGGAUGUAGCAUUGCCAGUGAUUCUGGGAGCAGCAGCCUAUCUGAUAUUUAUCAGGCUACAGAAAGCGAGAUGGGAGACGUUGAUUUAACAGGUCUUCCAGAAGCGCCUGUAGACUCUGAAGAUGAAGAAGAAGAGGAGGAUGAAGAUAUUGACAGAACUUCAGAUCCACUUCUAGGGCGGGAUGUUGUACGAGAGUGCCUUGAGAAAGAGCCUGCAGAUAAAACUGAUGAUGAUAUUGAGCAAUUAUUGGAAUUUAUGCAUCAACUCCCUGCCUUUGCAAACAUGACUAUGUCUGUGAGAAGAGAACUUUGCUCAGUGAUGAUAUUUGAAGUAGUAGAGCAAGCAGGAGCCAUCAUACUUGAAGACGGCCAAGAACUUGAUUCUUGGUAUGUUAUUUUAAAUGGCACGGUGGAAAUCAGCUAUCCUGAUGGGAAGAGUGAGAGUCUCUGUAUGGGAAAUAGUUUCGGGAUUACUCCCUCUCUGGACAAACAGUACAUGAAUGGGGUGGUCAGAACCAAAGUAGAUGAUUGUCAGUUUGUGUGUAUAGCCCAGCAAGACUACUGGAGGAUUCUGAACCAUGUGGAAAAAAACACUCAUAAAGUGGAGGAGGAAGGAGAAAUUGUUAUGGUAAAGGAGCACAGGGAGCUGGAUCGCAGUGGAACCAGGAAAGGACACAUAGUUAUCAAGGCAACACCCGAGCGACUCAUCAUGCACUUAAUAGAAGAACAUUCUAUUGUGGAUCCAACCUACAUCGAAGAUUUCCUUUUAACGUACAGAACGUUUCUAACAAGCCCCCUGGAAGUUGGAAAUAAACUCUUGGAAUGGUUCACAGUGGACAGCCUCAGGGAUAAGGUUACCAGAGUGGUCUUACUGUGGGUGAACAAUCAUUUUAAUGACUUUGAAGGAGAUCCUGCUAUGACUCGAUUUCUGGAAGAAUUUGAAAAGAACUUGGAAGAUACGAAAAUGAAAGGACAUCUCAGAUUGCUGAAUAUUGCCUGUGCUGCCAAAGCAAAAUGGAGACAAAUUACCCUGCAAAAACCUUCUAGAGAUUCGCCACUGUUUUUCAGCCUCCUUGGAGGAAGCGACAAGGGUUUUGGUAUUUUUGUAGAGACUGUGGAAAUGGGCAGUAAAGCAGCAGAAGCUGGACUCAAGCGUGGUGAUCAGAUAAUGGAAGUAAAUGGACAGAAUUUUGAGAACAUUACCUUUGUAAAAGCUCUGGAAAUCUUAAGGAACAACACUCAUCUCUCCAUAACUGUAAAAACAAACAUUUUUGUGUUUAAGGAGCUGCUCUGCAGGAUAGGACAAGAGAAGAAUGGAAUUCCACAUAUUCCAAAAAUUGCAGAAAAGAAAAACAACCGUUAUUCCAUCCCCGAUAUGCCUGGAGAUGUGGAACAGAUGUUUCCCCGUGAAAAAGGAAACAAGAAAAUGAAAGCAAACACUGUAUCUGGUGGGAGAAAUAGAAUCAGGAAAAUUUUGGACAAGACACGAUUCAGCAUCUUGCCUCCAAAACUGUUCAGUGAUGGUAGCGUGAGCCAGUCGCAGGACGACAGCAUUGUUGGGACUCGGCAGUGCAGACACAGCUUGGCCAUCAUGCCUAUUCCAGGAACGCUCUCAUCCAGUAGCCCUGACCUGUUGCAGCCUACAACUAGCAUUCUGGAUUUCUCUAAUCCUUCAGAUAUUCCGGAUCAAGUAAUAAGGGUUUUCAAAGCAGAUCAGCAGAGUUGUUACAUCAUCAUCAGCAAAGACACUACCGCAAAAGAGGUUGUGAGUCACGCCGUCCACGAAUUCAACUUGACGGGAGCCCCGGAGACAUACUCGCUCUGCGAAGUGUCUGUCAGCCCCGAGGGAGUCAUCAAACAACGGAGACUCCCAGAUCAGUUCUCAAAAUUGGCCGACAGGAUUCAACUCAAUGGACGGUAA